AGGUUUCACAUGAAGCUGCCAGAAUCAUCAGUGGCAUCUUCCACAACGGAUAGCACAGCCGGCUUUGUUGAGAUGAAUCUGACAACAACAGUAUGGCCGAGAAAAAAAGUUGGAGGAGUUAAUCCUUUUCUUGACGAAUCUUCUGACGUCUUCUUCCUGGUAUCUGUUGUUGCGCCGCUUUUAUUCUGCUGUUUUGCAAUUUUUGUCUGUGCUCUGAACAGUAUUUGGAAGACAAGAAGUAAACUUGAAGCUUUAACGCAAGUUGCAAAACAACGCGAACCGACAGAGUACACCGAAUUCACAAUUGACCUGACAACCAAAAUGGACUCGUGUGUAGAACUUUCUUCACCACAGAUCAGUUCUAAAGAGGAAUCCGUUCUGCUGUAAAUUUCAUUAGACAAUGUGUUCUUAUGGACUGAUUUCUACCGGUUUUUUUUUCAACCUGAAAAAGCUUUGUUCUCAUUCCCUGUAUAUUAUCCUUCUCGUUUUUAAAUCUCAUGUUUUAACGAUCUAAAAAUUAUUUAUCAUGAUGGAUAGUAUUACUGAACUGGUUUCCCUGUGUUUAUGUAGUUAAUGGUCUAUGUUGUAAAUAUUUGGAAAAUUUUAAAUAUGCCAAAUAUUAAUUUUAUAAAGAACUUUUGGUUUUCAAGACUUGUUCAAUAAAUUCUUCAUCCUUAA